GUUGAGCUCCAAAGCUAGAUGCCACUCCCAAGUAGCUGAUCAUGGAUUCCACAUCAAGUUACAGCAAAACAGAAAAUGGAGGGGUCACCAGCUCAAGUUUUCAUGCUGGCAGGGAUAGUUCAGAACAAGUUGUAAAUGGUAAUGGCAAGCGGCGAGCAUAUUUAGUGGAGUGGUUAAAUAGUUUACUUCCUACUUUAGGUUUACCAAAAAAUGCUUCAGAUGAGGACUUGAGAUCGUGCUUGAUUGAUGGUACCAUUUUAUGUCGGAUACUGAACAGGCUUAAACCUGGUUUUGUGGAUGAGGGGGGUAAAUCAGAUCAGAAUUCAGUGCCAUCCUCAGAAAAUGUUGCAAGGUUUCUGGCAGCUAUGGAUGUACUGGGGGUUCCCAAAUUUGACAUGUCGGACCUAGAGAAGCGCCACAUUUUUCGGAUUCAUGUUAUGCAGGGAUCUAUGAAGACUGUCACAGACUGUCUUUUAACACUUAAAGCACAGUUUAUGCCAAAUGUUAUGGGAGAUGGCUUUUCUAUAACAAGUCCAACUACUAAAUCUGACAACCAAUCUACCCGUGGCCUUUUAUCUCCAUUAUCCGUGGAAGAGAGGCGGAAGGUCUUCUCUGAGUCAAAAUUCCAGCGCGCAUUGCGUAGCCCUGUUAUGUCAGAGCCAUCAGCUGCAUUAAUGCAUCAUGUUGGACAUAAGUUCCACGAGGUGUUUCAGAUGAAGCAAGGAUGCUAUGCUGAUCUUCCUGCUGCAAAAAUUUCAGAAAUGAUGAAACCCAACAGUUUAGAUAACGCGCCAACUCAGUCACUUUUGAGUGUUGUAAAUGGAAUUCUUGAUGAAAGUGUUGAAAGAAAGAGUGGUGAAAUACCUCAUCGUGUGGCUUGUCUUCUGAGAAAAGUUGUCCAGGAGAUUGAGCGGCGUAUAUCAACUCAAGCAGAGCAUUUAAGAACUCAAAACAACCUUUUUAAGGCUCGUGAAGAGAAAUACCAGUCAAGAGUCAAAGUACUUGAAGCCCUUGCUUCCGGUACAAGUGAAGAAAGCCAGCUCGUCAUGAACCACCAUCUUCAGCAAAUUAAGAAUGAGAGAACCAGAUUGGAAGCAAAGAAGAAAACCGAUGAUGAGGAUGUGAUCAGAUUGCUGAAAGAGAAGGAUCAGAGCAACCUUGAAAUUUCAGGUUUAAAGCAAGAGUUGGAUAUAGCCAAAAAGACAUAUGACUUGCGUUGCUUGCAAAUGGAGACAGAAGCUAAAGGCGCUAGAGCAGAACUUGAACGUCUCUUGGAAGAGUCGAGGAAUAAGGUAAAAGAGCUUGAGGGAAAUUCUGAGUCAAAGUUUCAGCUUUCUAAGGCAGAGAUUGAAGAGAAAGUAAAAGGACUUGAAGGUCUCUUGGAAGAGUCAAAGAAUAAGGUGAAAAAGCUUGAGGCAAAUUCUGAGUCAAAAUAUCAGCUUUCUAAGGCAGAGCUUGAAGGGAGAGUAAAAGAACUUGAACGUCUCUUGGAAGAGUCAAAGAAUAAGGUGAAAGAGCUUGAGGCGAAUUCUGAGUCUAAAUAUCAGCUUUCUAAGGCAGAGCUUGAAGGGAGAAUAAAGGAACUUGAAGGUUUCCUGGCAGAGUCAAGGAAUAAGGUGAAUGAGCUUGAGACAAAUUCUGAGUCAAAAUAUCAGUUUUCUAAAGCAGAGCUUGAAGAGAGAAUAAAAGAACUUGAACGCCUCUUGGCAGAUUCAAGGAAUGAGGCGAAACAACUUGUGGCAAAUGCAGAGUCAAUAUGUAAAAGUUGGAACAAGAAAGAGCACGCUUGCUAUAGCUUUAUGGAUUUUCAACUUGGUUCAUUGAAGGAACUGAGAUUAUCUUCGGAGUCCAUUAAGCACGAAAUUUUGAAGGCAGGACAGAGUUACACGGUUGAAUUUAAUCAAUUAGGAGUGAAGCUUCAAACAUUAGCAGAGGCUUCUGAGAACUAUCAUGCACUCCUUGCUGAAAAUAGGAAGCUAUUUAACGAAAUUCAGGAUCUAAAAGGAAACAUUAGAGUGUAUUGUCGAAUAAGGCCAUUUCUUCCGGGACAGAGAGAAAAACGGACAUCAGUAGAACAUGUUGGUGAAAAUGGGGAACUGGUAGUUGCAGACCGCUCCAAACCAGGGAAAGAGGGUCAUCGAUUGUUUAAGUUUAAUAAGGUCUUUGGUUCAGAUGCAACUCAAGCCGAGGUAUACUCUGACACCCAACCGUUGAUUCGAUCCGUGCUUGAUGGAUAUAAUGUUUGUAUUUUUGCUUAUGGUCAAACUGGAUCUGGGAAAACCUACACAAUGACUGGGCCUAAUUCCUCAACUAAAGAGAACUGGGGGGUCAAUUAUCGAGCCUUAAAUGACCUUUUUGACAUCUCUCAACGUAGAAAAAGCUCCAUCACCUAUGAAAUUGGAGUUCAAAUGGUUGAAAUAUACAACGAACAAGUGCGCGAUUUACUAUCCAGCGAUGGUUCUCUGAAAAAACUUGGGAUUAUGACGCACUCUCAACCGAAUGGGUUAGCUGUGCCAGAUGCUAGCAUGCACCCUGUCAAAUCAACCUCAGAUGUGAUACAAUUAAUGGGUUUGGGACAUAAGAACAGAGUUGUUAGUGCCACUGCCCUAAACGAAAGAAGUAGUCGCUCCCAUAGUGUUGUUACUGUUCAUGUACGUGGGACGGAUUUGAAGACUGGUUCUGCUUUGAUUGGUAAUCUUCAUCUUGUAGAUCUCGCGGGAAGCGAAAGAGUGGACCGCUCGGAGGUAAUUGGAGAUAGGCUAAAGGAAGCACAACAUAUAAACAAAUCUCUAUCUGCACUUGGAGAUGUCAUAUUUGCUCUUUCACAAAAGAGCUCUCAUGUACCAUACAGAAAUAGCAAGCUUACUCAAGUCCUUCAAAGUUCUCUCGGUGGGCAAGCAAAAACGCUUAUGUUUGUGCAGCUUAAUCCUGAAACAAGUUCAUAUUCUGAAAGUUUAAGUACUCUAAAGUUUGCUGAGAGGGUUGCUGGAGUUGAGCUGGGGGCUGCACGAACCAACAAAGAGGGCAGGGAUGUUAGAGAAUUAAUGGAACAGGUGGCAUCUCUCAAAGACACUAUUGCUAAGAAGGAUGGCGAGAUCGAACGGUUGCUAAAAAACGAUGUCCACGGUGAGAAGCGUGGGACAGGCUCAUUUAGUCAUAAGCAUUCUGAAGCUGAGCUCCAGAAGUCCAUGCAUGACAUUAAACACCAAAAUGAUUUUCUCCGGCAAUCAAAGGUUGCCGGAGGUGAUAUAGGUCAGAAUAAACAUGCAGAUGCUGAGAUGUUAGCAUUUGGAGAUGCAGAUAGUGAGGAGAAAUUAAGUGACAUGUCUGACGGUGGUCUUUCUGCUGGAACAGAAACUGACGGCUCUGCAGACAGCAUGAAUUACCCUGAAAGUGCAAAAUCUGAUAACUCGGAAAGGCCUAAAAGGCUUAAUAGGAUUCCGCGACCGUCGCUAAAACCAGGACAACCUUUGACAUCUCCAGCAUCAGGAUCAAAGGGCUCUCCCAAGGUACCACCAGGUUUAAGAAAAAGUAACAGCUCUUCUUCACUGAAGCCUUCUUCCAGAAGAUGGCAAUAAGUCGAAGGGCAGUCGACGCUACCAUUUGUCAUUUUGAUUUUACAUGUAUAGUUUUUUUUUUUUUUUUUUUUCCCAUGGUUUUCUAGUUAGUUGUAAUUGUUUGUUGUGAGGUUUUAACAGCUGCCCUAGCUUUGUAAUUGCUAAAUUUUUUUGUUAAGUAAGGUCUAAAUCAACGUA